AUGUCGACAACAAAUUUCAGUAGCGGUAGAAGUCACACGAAAUCAUUUCAAGAACUGCUAUGCUUUCCCUCUUUAUUGGGUGGGUUUCAACAACAACUAUCAAUUUGUUUCUCAGCGGUUGACAUUCUUCUCUCCAUCGCAUCAUUUGCCGGAAAUUCUCUUAUCCUUGUUGUCCUUCACAAGGUAUCUUCCUUGCAUCCGCCGUCCAAACUCCUGUAUCGUUGUCUGGCAACCACUGAUCUGUUGGCUGGUCUUGUUGCUCUGCCUCUCAAUGCUUUAUGUUGGAUGUCCGUGGUUCAAGAACACUGGAGCCGUUGUCGAUACGCAAGGGACGCAGGCUACAUCACAAGCUAUGUAUCUAUUUUAGCGUCUUUGAUGACGAUGACGGCCAGAAGCGUGGACAGACUUCUCGCCCUGUUGUUGGGACUGCGAUACAAACAAAUUGUAACUUUGAAGCGCACGUAUAUUAUUAUAACUACCUUUUGGUUUGUUACUCUCGUCGCCUCUUUAAGUGCAAUUUUUUUAUCUCCUUACAAUCUUUUUGUACAGCAGCCUAGUUGUAUCAUUUUGCCCGGUAAUAUCAGUCGCAUCGUACACAAAGAUUUUUUUGCACUCUCAGAUAUCAUCAAGCACAAGUAG